AUGUACCUUCUCCAUAGUGCAACAACCCAUCUGCCCUGUGUGCUUCCCAUCGUAAGAUCGGAUGUCUCACUUGUGCCACUCUUCGAGUGCUCGGUUGCUCGUGAGACCUUCCAACCGUGGCCGUGUCACAUAGUGGAGGAUGGCGACUCAGAAAUCAACGAGUUCUGGCUACGCAAAACGAAGAAGCCUGUGCUAAGUGUGCUGAGAUAUACAAAGCCGGGAGAGGAGUCACAGUAUGUGUACGGAAUGAAUAUAGAGGUAUCCAUGCCAACCGGUUCGCUUUGCAGUGAGAGAAACGCCAUCGGCACAGCAAUUGCCUCCGAUCCGUCGCUGAAGCGCAAAGACUUUGACAUGAUCGCCAUACUGAGCAUAUCUCUACCCGAACUCGCUAAUGCUUCCACACCCGCCGUAACACCCAACCCCGCACGGAGGGACAGGCGUAGUACAGAGCUGGAUACAAAUCAAACGGAUACGAAUCAAACGCAAACGUCAUUGACAACAGAACAUGGCAUGUUAAAGGGCUCCAAGGGGUCUGCCCAUACACUUGCGAAUGUUCUCUCAGACGUGGCACAGAAUGCUGGACCAACAACCACUGACGGUACCAAAUCAGCAGCGACCUCUAAACCCCCCGGCAGUCAACCGCUAAUGAAUGCUGUACCUCCGCGAGGCUUCUAUGAAGAUUGCCUUGCACCCCUCAAACGUUUCAAUAGCGAUCUCCAAGCCUUGACAAUUGGAAAUGAGGAGUUCAUCUGGCCACAGGAAAAGAAGCGAACAGAGCUCAACCCACUUGAUCCGUGCGGUAGUUGUAUGGAGUGGUUGAGGAAGAUUGCGGAAGUAAAUCCGGACAUGAAAAUCGUAACCUUUGACAGCUCCUCGUGCGAACGCCUCUAUGUCAAAAAUGUAAUUAGGUAACUUGAGGUUAGUAUAGCAUUUUCUAGGCAUGUCUUCAUACAUAAAAGUAAUCGAAAUAGGUUUGGAACGGAAGAUGUGCGGUGUAAAGAAAAUAUUAGACAGAAUUUUGGAGUCCAACAAUUCAAUAAAGUUCAAG